UUAAUUUGAUUGUUAAAAUCUUCACUAAAUAAAGAGAAGCAACGGCGCCAUCUAGUGGACGAUGCUAAUUUAACCGUUCACCGCGGAACUAAACCGCUGCUAAUGUUUCCUCACGGAGAACCUUUGCAGUUGCAUCAGCAUGUGUUGUGAGAAUUUCUGAAGAGGAAUUUUUGCCUUCUCGUUGUCAGUGGGUUGUUUUGGUUAAGUUAGUUUUUAGAACUGAAAAGUAUGUCAUCUCCCGAGGUGGUUCUGGGUUUCCUUGAAGAAGCAGAACCGUGGCGGCUUCAGUCUCAGCAGUUCCCCAGCAAGGUCGGAGGGAAGCCGGCGUGGCUCAGCCAGACGGGCCUGCCCCUCCAAUCGGAUCUGGAGUGUGAGAAAUGCGGACUGCCCAUGGUCUUCCUGUUGCAGGUGUACGCACCCAUUUCGGGUCAGGACAGAAGUUUCCACAGAACGCUUUUCCUGUUCUGCUGCAAAACUCCUGAGUGUUACUCCCACAACGACAGCCGCUGCUUGAAAGUUUUCAGAAGUCAGCUACCCAGGAAGAAUGAGUUCUACUCCUACGACCCUCCUCCAGAUGAUGAACCACAGACCGUCUCUAAAGAGGACAACAACAUUUUAUCCCUCUCAGGAGUCAAGCUGUGCUGGGUGUGUGGUUGCCCUGGAAACAAGGCCUGCUCCCGCUGCCACACUGUGACCUACUGUGGUAAACACCACCAGACUGUCCACUGGAAACACUCCCACAAGAAGGAGUGCCUCAGCGCAGCGCUGCCCUCGGCUUCUGCCUCUCCCUUCCUGUUCCCCGAGUCUGAGCUCGUGACUGAACCUGAAGAGGGAGGGGAGGAAGGAGACGACGCACAGAGAGGAGGAGGAGAGGAAGAACAGAAAAGUACUGAAGGUCCUUCCUUAUCUGACACUCUGGCAGAAGCAGAUCUGGAGGAGGUGGCGUUGCACGAGACUGAAGACAACAAAGUGUUCCAGCGGUUCAAGAAGAAGAUCGCCUCAGAGCCGCACCAGGUGAUUCGUUACAGUCGAGGGGGCCGACCCCUCUGGGUCUCAUCUAGUCACGUCCCUGCAGAGGAGGAGAUCCCACCAUGCACCUGCGGCGCCAACAGGACCUUUGAGUUUCAGGUGAUGCCUCAGCUGUUAAACAACCUCUGCGUGGACUCGACCGGAGCCAGCAUCGACUGGGGAACCGUUACGGUCUACACCUGCUCCGCUAGCUGUAACCAUGGAGACCAGUACCGCUCGGAGUUCGUCUGGAAACAGGACGUCAGCGCAGAUCAACUGACUAAGCAUAGAAACACGUAGUAUAGAUAUGUUGGUUAUAGUUGCAGAAAACAGAAGAUAGAGUGCCCAAAUUAACUCAACAGUUUCAAGUCCUUUGAGAUUUUUUUUAAUUUCAAUUUAAAAAUAAAAUAAGCUAGUAUUUAACGGAGCCAUGAAGCAAACAAUUAUAAAAUUUUAUUGAAAACUUUACUUCAAAUUGAUGUUGUGAUCAUUUAGAUAUCCAGGUAGAGCUGGCUGAUAAAUCGAUCUUAUCAAAAUUAAUUUUCUGUUUAAUCUUAAUCUAAUAUAUGCUUUGGGUUUCAAUGUUUCAGAAUAAUAACUGCCAUCUUGUUUGACAAAUGUGCUUUACAGCUAUUUAUUUCAAAAUUAAAUUCAGGUCAACUCAAAGAAUGAUUGAAGUAAGAGUUUUUUUAAAGAUUUGUAUUUUUUUUUAAAGGAAAAAAGUAAGUGGUAGAGACUAAAAUUAGAAAUAUAACUUGCUGUAAAAUCUGAUGUUCUUCAGGAUUUUCUGCCUUCAGUUUUGGAUAAUGGCUCUGAUCGAUUUGUAACAAUUUUCUAACUGCUAGACGUACAAAAUAAAACUUUUCUCUCCCAUUUUGAAUUUA